CUCACCUCUGAAAUCUGAUCUGUAGGCAGUAUAGUACAGUAGUCUAGUUGAUCUAGACGCAAGUGCAAAUAAGUAGCUAUCAAAACUGCUCGAUAUAAUAUACAGUUAGCAGGAUUUCAGCUCUCUAUCACCACUGCAAGUGCUGUAUCUGAGCUAUUUUGAUCACCUGGGGACCUCUGCACACAGUACGUCGACAUGGGGAACUGUCUCGGUGGAAAAAACAACCGUAGCCGAGCUCAAGGCAAAGCUUCGGUCAUUGACAAGUCCAGAUUCCAUCCAGCAGCACCAGGCGGAGGCUAUGGACCUGACAGUAUGUCUGCACAAAAUCCCAGUAUGAACUCUUCAACACCUCUUAAUGGGCCUCAACAUGGCAGCACAUCAUACAUACCCAGAGGCCCAAGUUAUAUCGCCCUCUUCGACUAUGACCAGAGAACGAGCGAAGACCUGAGCUUCAGGAAGGGAGAGAGACUCGAGAUACUCAACAACACAGACGGGGACUGGUGGCAAGCUAGGAGCAUAGAGACGCAGAGAGAAGGAUAUAUUCCUAGCAACUACGUUGCUGAGCAUAAGACUAUACAAGCAGAAGACUGGUUCUUUGGUCCCAUCAAGCGAGCUGAAGCAGAGAAACUGCUCAGGGCCUGCCAGAAACGCGGUGCCUUCCUUGUUCGAGAGAGUGAAAGCAAACCUGGUGACUACUCAUUGUCAAUUCAAGACGGAGAGAAUGUCAAACAUUAUCGAGUCCGACGUUUAGACGAGGGAGGAUUCUUCAUCACUAGAAGAGCCGUGUUCAACACCUUAAAGGAACUGGUCGUCUACUACCAAACGGACAGUGAUGGGCUGUGUGUAAACUUGCGUUGUCCCUGCCCACAAAUCGAAAAACCUCAGAUCGACUUGUCCCACAAGACAAAGGAUAUGUGGGAGAUUCCUAGGGAGUCCAUCACUCUGGUUCGUCGCCUUGGUGCUGGUCAGUUUGGAGAGGUAUUUGAAGGACUUUGGAACGGAACCACGCCCGUAGCUGUCAAAACACUCAAAGCCGGUACCAUGCAGCCUGCCGCAUUCCUCCAAGAAGCUCACAUCAUGAAGAAACUCCGACAUCCGAAACUGGUGCAGCUCUAUGCUGUGUGCACUCAAGAAGAGCCUCUUUUGAUCAUCACAGAGCUCAUGUCACAUGGUAGCUUGCUGGACUUCUUGCAAGGUGAAGGAAGGUCACUAAAGCUGCCACAAUUGAUCGACAUGGCUGCCCAGAUUGCUGCUGGAAUGGCUUACCUCGAGCUUCACAAUUACAUCCAUCGUGAUCUAGCUGCUCGAAACAUUCUGGUGGGGGAAAACAACAUCUGUAAAGUGGCUGAUUUCGGUCUGGCUCGUCUGAUUGCUGAUGAUGAGUAUAAUGCCCACGAAGGAGCGAAGUUCCCCAUCAAAUGGACAGCCCCUGAGGCUGCACUCUACAAUCGUUUCAGUAUCAAAUCGGACGUCUGGUCGUUUGGUGUACUGCUAACAGAAUUAGUGUCGUACGCUCGAAUUCCUUACCCAGGAAUGUCGAAUGCUGAAGUGUUGCAACAACUGGAGCGAGGCUAUCGAAUGCCGUGUCCACCCAACACGCCUGAGAACCUUUACCAAGUCAUGUUGGACUGUUGGAAAAAGAAUCCAGUCGAUCGGCCAACAUUUGAAGCUCUCCUCUGGAGAUUAGAAGAUUUCUUCGUUUUGGACACUGGACAGUAUCAUGCUGCUGCAGAUGUAAUACAAAAGCCAGCCAUGGGCAACAGUUGUGCUGGCACCCCCACCAAAGAUGAACCACCGGCCACAGAGCAAAAAGUAACUAAUUCGUACACGGGCCACCAAGUACCUGAUGGUAGACCUCAAGAUCACCCUGCAAUGCCUCCACCCGUGCCUACCAAGCCCACCCUUGGCGGCGGCGUGGACAAUUCAGGACGGACUAUCUAUGUGGGAAAGUAUGACUAUGAGUCUCGUACUGAUGACGACCUGAGCUUCAAGAAGGGAGACCUGAUGUACAUAAUCAGCACUGAUGAGGGAGACUGGUGGUUUGCUCAGUCCAAGGACACUGGAAAAGAGGGAUACAUACCUAGCAACUAUGUGGCAGAGUGGAAGAGUCUGGAUGCUGAAGAGUGGUUCUUUGGGAAACUCAAGCGGGUGGAUGCAGAGAAGCAACUCAUGAUGCCGUUCAACUUGAUGGGCUCUUUCCUUGUUAGAGACAGUGAAACUACUCCCGGCGAUUUCUCUCUCUCGAUUCGUGACCAAGUACGAACUCGACACUACCGCAUACGAAGAUUUGACAAUGGUGGGUUUUUCGUGACGAGACGAGCUACGUUCAAUACAAUUCAAGAUCUGGUCGAGUACUACAAGAUACAAUCUGACGGCUUGUGUUGCACUCUCAUGCAUCCUUGCUCUGUUUCUGAAAAACCCAUCACUGCUGGCCUGUCGAAACAAGCUAACGAGGAGUGGGAGAUUGAACGACAUCAGAUUAAACUACUCAGAAAGCUCGGAGCCGGUCAAUUUGGAGAGGUCUGGGAGGGUCUGUGGAACGGGACAACUAAAGUGGCCGUGAAAACACUCAAGCCUGGUACUAUGUCUGCUAUCGAGUUCCUCCAAGAAGCUGCUCUCAUGAAGAAACUCCGACAUCCAAAGCUGAUCCAACUGUACGCUGUGUGUACGAAAGAAGAGCCUAUCUACAUUGUGACUGAACUGAUGAAAUUUGGUAGUUUGCUCGAUUAUCUCCGUGGAGAUGGACGAGCCCUUCAAGAAAAACAGUUGAUCGAUAUGUUGGCUCAAGUUGCGUCCGGAAUGGCCUAUUUGGAGCAGGCUAACUACAUCCACAGAGAUCUUGCUGCUAGAAAUAUCUUGGUCGCCGACAAUCUCAUCUGCAAAGUAGCCGAUUUUGGUCUCGCUCGAGUCAUUGAUGAAGACAUAUACGAGGCCCACACUGGUGCAAAGUUUCCCAUCAAAUGGACCGCCCCUGAAGCUGCUCUCUAUAACCGGUUCACUAUCAAAUCCGACGUCUGGUCAUAUGGAGUGCUUAUCUAUGAAGUAGUCACCUAUGGCCGAUUCCCCUACCCUGGCAUGACAAACGCUGAAGUGCUUGAAAAGAUACAAACAGGAUAUCGUAUGGGCGCACCUCCAAAAUGUCACAAACGACUUCACGAUUACAUGCUGGAAUGCUGGAAAGAGGAUCCCGUGGCUAGACCGACUUUUGAGACUCUGCAGUGGCAGUUGGAGGAAUUCUAUUCCACCAACGACAAUGAUGGUGGAUAUCGCGAUCCCGAUAAGAUGAACUGGUGGUUCUUUGGCAAAGUAAAGAGAGUGGACGCAGAGAAACAGCUCAUGGUGCAGUUCAACCAGUACGGUUCCUACCUGCUGCGAGACAGUGAAACUACUCCCGGUGAUUUCUCACUCUCUGUUCGAGACAAGGAGAGGGUCAGACAUUAUCGAAUCAAGAGACUCGAAAAUGGAACCUUCUUUGUCACGAGACGAGUGACUUUUGAGAACGUUCGCGAUCUAGUUGCCUACUACCAGCAGCAAGCUGACGGGUUGUGUGUUAAUUUGAUGUACCCUUGUUUACUGUCAGAGAAACCACAAACAGCUGGGUUGUCAAGACAUGCUAACGAGGAGUGGGAGAUCGAUCGACGACAAGUUAGACUACUCAGUAAGCUCGGAGCCGGUCAAUUUGGAGAGGUCUGGGAGGGUCUGUGGAACGGGACAACUAAAGUGGCUGUGAAAACACUCAAGCCUGGUACUAUGUCUGCUUCCGAGUUCCUCCAAGAAGCUGCUCUCAUGAAGCAACUUCGACAUCCAAAGCUGAUCCAACUGUACGCUGUGUGUACGAAAGAAGAGCCUAUCUACAUUGUGACUGAACUGAUGACUAAUGGGAGCUUGCUCGAUUAUCUUCGAGGGGAUGGACGAUCGCUAAAACUUCAUCAACUAGUUGAUGUCAGCUCUCAAGUGGCAUCUGGAAUGGCCUGCUUAGAGGAGCAAAACUACAUUCAUCGCGAUUUGGCUGCUAGAAAUAUCCUUGUUGGAGAAAAUCUCAUCUGCAAAGUAGCCGAUUUUGGUCUCGCUCGAGUCAUUGAUGAAGACAUAUACGAGGCCCAUACUGGUGCAAAGUUUCCCAUCAAAUGGACUGCCCCUGAAGCUGCCAUGUACAACCGCUUCACGAUUAAAUCAGAUGUCUGGUCACUUGGAAUAGUCCUCUAUGAGAUCAUUACGUACGGCCGAUUCCCAUACCCUGGUAUGACAAAUGCUCAAGUGUUGGAGGCGUUACAGCAAGGCUAUCGAAUGCCCCGCCCACUUGGGUGCCCUGACAAGCUCUACGAUGUCAUGCUUGACUGCUGGAGAGAAGAGCCUGCCAACAGGCCCACGUUUGAGACUUUACAGUGGCAGCUUGAAGAGUUCUUCACAGCUGAAGAUGGUGGUUAUCGUGAGCCAGAGCAAAAUGCGUAAUAGAAAAAGACGUUUUUUGACAGACUCAGAAAUUGACUCUUUGUGUUAAAUAUGACUUACAUUGACAUGGAGAUUGCUCGUUUAAAAAGGUAUUAUUUAUGUAUGCUAUAGUUGUAUAUUGUCUGUUUCUUUUGUACACCAUUUAUGUAUAUAAUAUGUAUAGUUAUUUUGCUACUUGACCUAAUUGAUCGUGUCUUAAAAAUUAAGUGUGAUAUGAUUAUUUUUUGUUCAACGUCAAUGUGUAGAUUUUCAGUGUUUUGUAGUAGUCCACCUCGUUUUGCUUUGAGUAUAAAUAAAAGAUUUAUUUGCAAUUG